CAAUGGCAUUUUAAUGUGACAUUUUGAACACUUUCUUUUGGGUGGGCUGUGGGCGCCGUUCCAUUGGUGGUAUGACGAAGAGGAGAGAUCUGAGGUCGAGCACGCCAUCAACCACACAACACGCUGUGACAAACAGAGAGUGGGAUUUCCUUAAAUGUUUUGUCAUGCAUAAUAACCUGCUGUCACCCGCACACACAGUUUCUGCAUUUGACACAAACAAAUAUCUGAGUGGUAUUUUGCGGUUACAGAGUAUCUCCCAAGAAUCAAGAGAAUUUAAAGACUAACGGACUUCCUUUUCUUGUCCAGUUAUUCUUUAUUCCUUAUAGCUCAAUGGUUUCUACACAAACUUCUGCUUCUUCAAAUAGUGAAUGGUGCUUUCACUUUCUCUACAGCGUGAGCUAGUGGGUCACAGUGGAGAAUUCACGGGGGAAAUUUAGCCGCUGGCUGGGGGAGUUUCCAUUGCAGCAGAGGCGGAGUAACACUGAAGGGUUUGAGUUGCAAGUGAGGACUUGUGGUCUUGAGCAGUAGAAGAAGGGUAUUUGUACAGCAGUAAACAGUGUAAUACUAGUAGUGUAAACGUACCUGUAACUGACUAACCUCACAGCUUUGUUCCUGUUUCUUCUCGACAACAACAAAGAGAUAUGAUGUUGCUGGAGCUGAAGGACUCCAUCAGUCGCUUCAGGUUUUCUCAGUCCUGUGUGGGGCUGGUCGGUUGCCUGUGUGUCUGCUAUGCGGUCUGGUCACCCUUCUGGCUGAAGGAGAGGGGCCUCUGGACAGAGUGGAAUAACACUGAAAGUGACCAGACAAACCGUAAAGAUGCCAUUGUCUUCAACGUGCUGGAAGCGGAGAGAGUAUUUGGAGUUCUUUCCUUCCUCAUGGCUGUGAGCACUGGUGCUCUGUGUCUGGUGUUUGCCCUCUGCUGGAGAUCUGAGACGGUGCGCUCCUACUCCAACACCCGCUCUCUCCUCAUGGCAGGACAAGCCCUCUACCCCUCCACACUGCUGCUGCUCACCAUGGCCUGCACAGGAUUCUUUUUCCUCCUCAGCUGGUCUCUUUUUACAUAUCAGCACCGGGAGGAAAUCCGUCAAGAUUUGUCCGGCCUCGGCUCCUCCUAUUGGCUAGGAGCUUUAGGUUGGGUCCUGCUGUUGGUCCUGGAGACGAUAGUCUUUAUAGCUGAGCAAGCUGUUGUGCCUGACAUCCUGCCGGACUUAGAGAAAGCUGUGGAGACAUGGCGGAUUUCCUCUCAACUUAAGGCCGCGAAAUGCUCUUUCAGCGAUGGUUAUUACCCCUUGUAACAGCUAAAGAAACAUGGCUCCCAAGAGCCUUGGUUGGAGUGCAGGAGUAAGGACAUGACCAAGGAAAAGGAUGCGAGUGCGUACAUUACACAUUAAAGCACACAGACUCAAUGAGAAACCAGCAAUUCCUCGCUGCUUUAUAGCUCUGUACUGCACAACCAGACUGAAUACUGAUUAACUGUGUACGGAGUGUUUGCCAGAGGAAUUAAGUCUGAAUCCUGAAGGUACAUGGGACUGAAGUCUCCAGCAUUCUCCAGUUUGUUAUCAGUAUGGACUGCAAUGAAAUUAAAACAAACUAAGGACCAACAAUAUUGGCUGACAAACUGGGCACCAAAUGCAAGAUGACAACUGUUUUCUUAUAAAGUGAAUGGGACUGUUUUUUGCAAAAUUUUGAAUUUCAUAAAGCUUUGUCCAGGUUUGCCCCUGGGCCAGGAACAGAUCCAGCUGACGAUGCUUUUCAGUUGAAUUUGUGUAAAACACUCACUAAACAUUCAACUCAUACCUCUAACUAAACAUUUCAGUAGGCUCUGUUGUAAUUGAUGAAUGUUAAAAUUGCGCCCUCUUGUGAUGCCUGUGUGACACUUUUGAUAUAUGUUUCUUUAUAUGUAUGGACAUCAUCAUUUUUGUUAAAUGCUCAUUGCAAAUAAGCAUUGUGUUGUCAUUUUAAUUAAAAAAGGUGUUUGUGGUCAUACUA